ACGGUUUUGCCCCAAGGGAUUCAUGUCUACAGAUUCAGUUUCCAAAUACCACCAGGAAGCAUGCCUUCAUUCUUCAGAGGGACUCAUGGAAAAAUUGUCUACAAGCUAGAAGCAAAACUGUUAAGGAUCUGGAGGAUGAACAGUACAGCAGAGAAGGAGAUCAAAUUUGUCUCCAAAUGUGUUCCAAACCUUCAUUCUCUGAUGUCACCGCAAGUUGGUUCAACGAACAAAAAGAUGGGUUUUUUCUCAAAAGGACACGUACACAUGGAUGUAACUGUGGACAGGAUCGGUUACGCAGCAGGUGAAACAAUAGUGGUUCUUGCUAAAGUUGACAAUUCUUCAUCCAGUGACAUGACACCGAAAUUUAGCUUAAUACAGAAAGUCGUGUACCAUGCCAAUGGCAGAACCAAACAUGAGAAUACAGUUUGUCAUAAAGUUGCUGACAACUGUAUUAGACCAAAAACACGGAAGGAGCUCAGAUGUGAAAUAAAGAUUCCUAGUGAUUACAUGCUGACAAUCCAGAACUGUGAUAUUAUCUCAGUGGAAUACUGUUUAAAGGUAUAUCUGGACAUCAGCUUUGCUUUUGAUCCAGAGAUUCUGUGCCCAGUGGUCAUUUUACCUCCUGGCUUGGCUCCUGGCUGUCUGAGUAAUAUAAAUGUAGGUCCCUAUCCAACAGGUGCUAUUGGGGGUCCAAGCAACAGUGACUUCCCUCCCCCCACAAUGCCCAUGGGCCUUCAAUCUAUGUCUCCACAUUCAGGCAGUUAUGGAUAUCCAGGAGUCCAAAGCUAUUCAGCACCACCACCACCUAUAUACCCAAAUAACCCUGUUGUAUAUGGUGGACCAGCGGGUGUGCAAACUUCUCAGCCAACACACAUGUUUGGAAGCUACAAUAACCCAGUGCCACAGGUGCCUUCGCCAUAUGGAACUCCAUUUUCAUCUUCAUUAUCUUCUGUCCUGUACCCGCCACCACCCCCAACACCACCCCAACAAUUUCACCAACCCCCAUCUGCCCUUGAGAGCCAGCCAUCUCCUUCUAUUCAAUCUCCAGUACCUCCUGCGUACAACAUGCUGCCUUCUGCACCAGUGAUGAAUGUAGACUUCCUGUCUCAGUCAGAUGGAGCUCCUCCAUCAUACUCACUCCUUUUCCCAGACAAAUCUGAUGCAAAAUAACUGACUAAAUGCUAAAUGGUCAAUUAGUGAGUUAUUUAGUUAUAAACUAAACCUGUGUAGGUACAGAUUUGACAUUAGACCACCCCUAUUAUGUCUUGAACAAUUUUUUAUUAAAAUGAAAUUGUUAAUGUAUGCAGUAUUUAUCAUUUAGUCACCUAUAUACUGGACUUUAUAUACUGGGCAUAAAUAAGACUUUUGCACUGCAUGUGAUUUAAUGAGCAGGUCAGGUCGCUCAUUAACUUUGUACAGCUACUUAUGCCUUAAUUAUCAUGGUGCACUGUAUUUUGCAUUGUUCAAAGUGCCCUUUUCAGUAUCAAUAUCUACCUCACUGCUCUAUUUAGUAGGGGUGGGGGAAAAAAUCGAUACUGUGUAGUAUCGUGAU